GCGAGCAUAAAUACCUGCGGACGGCGUCAUUUGCUGAUCAUACCUCAGACAGGAGCAGCCAAAGCAAGUGCUCCACAAUAACAAGCCAGAAACAAACAAACACACCAUUUGAUUUUCUGAAGACACUUCUCGAUCACAAGAAUGUUGCUGCAGACAUUGUUCAUGAUCGUUUGCGGCUUGACUGCCGUCACCGCCCAACGAGUCUUGGCUCUACCCGACCCCAAGUCUUGUGCCAAACGUGUUAAACACGCCCUGUGGACCGAUCCUCUUGGCAACACUCACAACUACUUCUUCAGCUGGCUGCACCCUGCCACCGCCUCUUUGGAAGUCGAUUGGCUCGACGCCCGUAACGUCUGCCGUCGCCAUUGCAUGGACGCCGUCAGCUUGGAGACCCUCCAAGAGAACGAGUUCAUCAAGCAGCAGUUGGCUCGCUAUGGCGUCAAGUACAUCUGGACCAGCGGCCGCAAAUGCGACUUUGACGGAUGCAACCGCGCCGAUUUGCAGCCAACCAUCGUCAACGGAUGGUUCUGGUCCGGCUCUGAGGCUAAGGUCCCACCCACCGAUCAACGCGCUUUGGGAGAUUGGUCCAACACCGGUGGAGAUGGUCGUCCUCAGCCCGACAACCGCGAAGAUGACGAGGGUGAGCCUUGCUUGGCCAUCUUGAACAACUUCUACAACGAUGGCAUCAAGUGGCACGACGUCGCUUGCAGCCACGAGAAACCCUUCAUCUGCGAAGACAGCGAGCAAUUGCUCAACUUUGUCCGCUCCCGCAACCCAGAGGUCCCCCUCUAAACAUUUCGACAAACGCCUCGUUUGAUUGGAAUUUUUUUUAACAACUCGUUUAUUUUCGAAUAAGCAUUUAAAUUACGAAGAAAAAAGAAAAAAAAAACACUCAUUCAUUAAUGGCCGUAAUGCUGCGCAACGGUUCACAUGGCGAUGUACAUACAGCCAGACCUUUUUGCAAUCAAUGUUCACGCAAACACAUUCAGGGUCUCUGACGACCCGACCGUAUUGCUGCUCUUCUCCCUCCCUUAUUUUGUCUUCUACCCCACCCCCGUCCCUCAUCCAAAACCCCAGUUAUUAUCAGAAGAUUACACACACAAACACACCACCACACACACAAAAAAAGCGUAACAUUUUCUUAUGUCUCUUCCCGGCCACGCAAUACAUUCUUUUGUUACCUUAAA